AUGCCCUGCUGCUUCGACGGGCUCAGUGCCAAACUAAUCGAGCGUGCGGGCUUCGAUGUGGCCUUUAUGACGGGCUUCGGCGUCUCCGCCGUGCAUGGUCUGCCGGAUACGCAGCUCUUGUCGUUCGGCGAGAUGGUCCGCAGCGCCAGCACUGUUUGUGAGUCGCUGCGCAAUGUGCCGUGCAUCGGAGACGGUGACACGGGCUACGGCAACGCCAUAAACGUGAAGCGAACCGUCCGCGCGUACGCACAGGCUGGUAUGGCCGGCAUCAUGUUGGAGGACCAAGUGGCCCCCAAGCGAUGCGGACACACGGCCGGCAAAGCUGUCGUCACUCGAGAAGAAGCUUUUGCACGUGUACGUGCGGCAGUGGAUGCCCGUACGGAAGGUCAGCUCGACAUUGUCAUCAUGGCAAGGACGGACGCUCGCGGGACUCACUCACUGGACGAAGCCAUUGCGCGCUGCAACGAAUUCGCGCGACUUGGAGCGGAUAUCACUUUUCUCGAAGCUCCACAGUCUGUAGACGAGAUGAAACAGUACUGUAGAGAGGUGCCAGGCCCUAAAAUGGCCAAUAUGGUCGAGAACGGCCUCACGCCGGUGUUGUUGCCGGAACAGCUGGGCGAAGUGGGCUACAAACUGGCGGCGUAUCCGAUUACACUGUUAAGUGCCAGUAUCAAGGCAAUGGAAGAUGCACUGAGACUGCUUAAGUGUCAAACUGGUGGUGAGAAGCAGGAAGAUACGGGAAACAACGCAACUCCGAACGCUGAAUUGAACAAACUACUGUGUGACUUUGCACAUGUCAAGGAUGUCGUGGGCUUUACAGAGUACUACGCAGAGGAAGCACGGUACAAGCAGUGA